UCAUAGGCUCACUGCUGCCAUCGGGAACAGUGGGGAGAUGAGCGUGUCGAGAGCAGGAAAAGGGGGCGUAAAUCACUUAUUUUAUUUCAUAACAAAACACAACUACCGGUGUUCAGAUAUUAUAUUUGUGAAGGAUAGACGAGGAGCCAUGGCGAAGCAGCAGGACACAAAGAAAUUAUUUGAGGAUCUCUCUGGCGCCGGGAAAUCCAUCGGCGUUCUGACAAGCGGAGGAGAUGCUCAAGGUAUGAAUGCUGCGGUCCGGGCUGUUGUCCGCAUGGGUAUUUAUGUGGGAGCUAAAGUCUACUUCAUCCAUGAGGGUUACCAGGGUAUGGUAGACGGUGGAGAUAACAUUGAAGAGGCAUCAUGGGAAAGUGUCUCCAGCAUGUUACAAGUGGGCGGCACAGUCAUUGGCAGUGCCCGCUGCAAGGAGUUCCGCAGCCACGAGGGGCGUCUAAAGGCUGCCCACCAACUGGUUCUGCGUGGCAUCACCAACCUGUGUGUGAUCGGAGGGGACGGUAGCCUCACGGGGGCCAACCUCUUCAGAGAGGAGUGGAGCGGGCUACUGGAAGAACUUGUUCGACAGGGUCUGAUUGAUGAGGAGGCUGCCCAGAACAACUCAGAGCUGCACAUCGUGGGAAUGGUGGGCUCCAUCGACAACGACUUCUGUGGCACUGACAUGACCAUCGGGACAGACUCUGCCCUGCACAGAAUCAUAGAGGUGGUAGACGCCAUCAUGACUACUGCACAGAGCCACCAGAGGACGUUUGUGCUAGAGGUCAUGGGAAGGCAUUGUGGGUACCUGGCCCUAGUCAGUGCUCUGGCCUGUGGGGCCGACUGGGUCCUGAUCCCUGAGAUGCCCCCUGAGGAUGGCUGGGAGGAACAUAUGUGUCAGAAACUCUCUGAGAACCGUGCAGAUAAGAAACGGCUCAAUAUCAUUAUUGUAGCUGAGGGGGCGAUAGAUUGCCACAACAAGCCUAUCACUACAAACCAUAUUAAGGAACUGGUUGUUAGCUGUCUGGGGUUUGACACCCGAGUCACCAUCCUGGGUCACGUCCAGAGAGGAGGAACCCCCUCUGCCUUCGACAGGAUCCUAGCCAGUCGUAUGGGAGUGGAGGCGGUCCUGGCCCUGCUAGAGGCGUCAGACAGUACCCCGGCCUGUGUGGUGUCUCUGUGUGGGAACCAGGCUGUCCGUCUGCCCCUCAUGGAGUGUGUUCAGAUGACACAAGAUGUCCAGAAAUCCAUGGACGAGAAGAAUUUUGAGGAAGCCGUGAGACUGCGUGGGAGGAGUUUCGAAAACAACCUGAACACCUACAAACUCCUCUCUUACCACAAAGCAGACUCUGAACUCCCAAAUAGCUCCUUCAACGUGGCUGUGCUAAACGUGGGCGCCCCCGCGGCGGGCAUGAACGCAGCUGUCCGCUCGGCCGUCAGGGUGGGCAUCAAAGAGGGGCACAAGAUGUUUGCCGUUAAUGACGGCUUCGAGGGAUUCUACAAGGGACAGAUAAAGGAGAUUACAUGGGGAGAUGUAGCAGGUUGGACCGGCCAAGGGGGGUCCAUACUGGGAACAAAGAGAACCCUUCCAGCGAAGCAUCUUGAUAAGAUUGCUGAACAAAUCAGGAUACAUAACAUCAAUGCUUUGCUUGUUAUCGGUGGAUUCGAGGCCAUCCUGGGAGUCAUAGAACUGUCCGUGGCCCGGGAGAAAUAUAAUGACUACUGUGUCCCCAUGGUUAUGGUCCCUGCCACAGUCUCUAACAAUAUACUGGGCUCUGAUAUCAGCAUUGGCGCAGACACAGCUUUAAAUGCUAUUACUUAUGCGUUUGAGUGUCUGCUGCAGCUCUAUGAGGCCCGGACCAGCCAUGAGGACUUUUGCAUCCCGAUGUGUGUGCUGCCUGCCACCAUUAGUAACAAUGUGCCCGGUACUGAUCUGAGUAUUGGGGCAGACACUUCCCUCAAUGCCAUUGUGGAGACAUGUGACCGCAUCAAGCAGUCUGCCAGUGGGACCAAGCGGCGUGUGUUCAUCAUUGAGACCAUGGGGGGGUACUGUGGGUACCUGGCCAGUGUCGGGGGGCUGGCUGCGGGGGCUGACACUGUCUACAUCUAUGAGGAACCCUUCGACAUCAGAGACCUCCAGUCCAACGUCGAGCACUUGACAGAGAAGAUGAAGACGGGGAUCCAGAGAGGCUUGGUGCUGAGGAAUGAGAACUCCAACGAGAACUUCACCACAGAUUUCAUCUACCAGCUGUACUCUGAGGAGGGGAAAGGAGUGUUUGACUGCAGAAAGAACGUGCUUGGACAUAUGCAGCAGGGAGGGGCUCCUUCUCCAUUUGACAGGAACUUUGGAACGAAGAUUGCAGCAAAAGCAAUUCAGUGGAUUUCAAGAAAGCUAAAGGAGUCCUUCAAAAACGGGAAAGUGUUCGCUAACACAGAGGACACGGCCUGUUUGCUGGGGAUGCGUCGCAGAACCAUGGCCUUCCAACCAGUAGUGCAGCUGAAAGAUGAGACAGACUUUGCCCACAGGAUCCCUAAGGAACAGUGGUGGUUGAAGCUUCGCCCCCUGAUGAAGAUCCUGGCUAAGUACAAGACCAGCUACGAUGUGUCUGACUCUGGCCAGCUGGAGCCAGUGACCCGGGUCAGGCCCAAGAAGGCAGACUGAACAGACCAUCUAGCCUUGCUGACCAGCACUGACCAGCAGAUAGCUAGACUAGAUAGGCUAGUCUGCUCUGAGCUGAUCUAUUCAGUGUAACUUAGCCUUUAUCAUGAUAACUCUUACCAGCACUUUUCAGUCCAUCCCAUUCUCAUGUCUCCUCAGAAACUCCACCCUUCAUCCGAAGUAUGCACUUGCACACUUUCUCUUAUGGGUUUUACAAUGGUGAAAACUGCUUCCAGCCAACACUUGUGCUUUUAAAUCCAUGACUGGGCGUGUUAUAGUGCACACUUGUGGAAAAGGGUGGAGAAUCAGGAUGUAGCUUGAGUCGACUCCCAUAGGUUCUUCUUCCCUCUCCAUGUUCUUCUAAAGGGAGAGCCGACUGUGUCUCCCAUCACCUACUGUAGGUCUAUUCCACUGUGUGUUGUUACUCUAUACUUGCACUUUGUAUCAAACCUGGGCUGUGUGUGGCACUUAAAGGGAUAGUUCACCCAAAUAAAAUAAAAAGAACAGAGGUUUUCUUACCCUGUAAGCAGUUUGUGGCACUUAAGAGUAGGGGCUGUAUUCAAUCCGUGUUGCAGAAAUUCAGCGUUCCCGUGUUAGCUGACGAUGCCGGCUCAGUAGGAAGUGACCUUUACAUUGCUUUAGCGAUACAGAUUGAAUAGAGCCCUGGGUCAUGUUUGUUCUGUUGCUGUAUUAUGUUGCUUUGUUGAGGAUGAUGCAUUUGUGAAAACCAUUAUUAUGCAAUAUAACCUUGUUCUAAUAUGUUGACUCACUGUGUUUUCUCCAAUUAAAGAAUACUUGUGAAACCUCAA